AAUAAACAAAUUGGGGUCCUUUCUCGCGAUAGGCUAGCUGUGGAAACGGUGUUGCGAGUCACAUUGUUUUAACACGUCUGUGGUUCAUUUGUGAAAAACAACACCAAUAUACGUCGAUAAGAUUGUUUGGGAGAUGUUCAUGAAAUUGAAGUUUCUUUCGGGUUGGUCGUAUUCGCCCUAACUGGCCCACUAGUUUCGUUUUUGAACGUCGAAGGGUGUGUUUCUUUUCGGCCGCCGUUAGCUUAGCAGCAGCGUUAGCCUCAAGCUAGCGUUCUCAAACCCGCGUCGUCGUCGGUAUUCAACGUUAGCCGAAUAAAAACUAGAGGGAGGCGUUGAUGAGCAGCAAUGUCCGGCAUCGCUCUUAGCAGACUGUCUCAGGAGCGUAAAGCCUGGAGGAAAGACCACCCAUUCGGUUUUGUUGCUGUGCCCACAAAGAAUCCCGAUGGGACCAUGAAUCUGAUGAACUGGGAGUGUGCGAUUCCGGGGAAGAAAGGAACCUUGUGGGAAGGAGGGCUCUAUAAACUCAGAAUGCUGUUCAAAGACGACUACCCUUCCUCACCACCGAAAUGCAAGUUUGAGCCACCAAUAUUCCACCCAAAUGUUUACCCAUCCGGCACCGUCUGCCUGUCCAUCCUGGAGGAGGACAAGGACUGGAGGCCCGCCAUCACCAUCAAACAGAUCCUGUUGGGAAUCCAGGAGCUGCUGAACGAGCCCAACAUUCAAGACCCGGCACAAGCAGAAGCUUACACAAUUUACUGUCAGAACAGGAUGGAUUAUGAGAAGCGGGUAAGAGCACAGGCCAAGAAGUUCGCCCCCACAUAGAGAGGGGAUCCGACCCCCGCCUGAGCAGCCUCAACUGAUGGAGGUCACAAGCAGGAGGCAGGCAGCAGCCGACGGACCACUCCAAUAAGAAUCCCAUUUUGAGUAUUAUCAUUCAAUUACAAAAGUGACAAGAGAGCCUGUGUCUCUUUUCUUCCUUUCUAUUUUUUUAAACAACAGAAGUUCAAAAAGAUUCCAAUUUGAUCUCCUUUAAGAAAUCAUUUCUGCAUUUUUAAUGCCAAGCUGAUGACCAUAGAGCGACUUUGUCAUGAGCGCGUUCAUGCCUCCAUUAAUACUGUAAGUCCCAGUAAUCAUAUCGACAGAGGUGUAGAAAGCCACGCUGUGUGUAGUUCAGUUGGCUGUUUCAGAAGAGGCGAGUUUGUUUAUUCUUAAACUUCCAGUUUAUUUUUUUCCUUCUAUUGAACUCAGAAGUAUUGUAGAUAGUUCAUGAUUCGGGGCGCGAGCUGAGAUGAAGCAGUCAGAUGCACAAUGGAAGUAACGUCCUCCCGUUGUGCUUCUGAUCCCUCGUUUCGUUCCGCGCCGCACAUCCCUCACAACCCCAGUUCCUAGAAAAGCAUCUAAAGAAUACAUGAACGUCUGGUGUGUCGGUUGUGAGCUACACUCUGGCCGACACUUUGGCAGGAAGCGGCGCUCGGUCUCGCCUCAGAACAGAGGAGCGAUUCUUAACAUCACAUUAGUUUUUCUGAUUUUUCUUCUCUGCAAAUCCGCCUGGGAGUGAAACUAUUCGCCAGGCACAGUGUUGAACUUCAUACACGUUCAACUCCGGUUUGUCAUCCGAGCCGUCGCCUCGUGUUUUUCACCCGCGAUGCUGGCAAAGCAAGAACCAACCUGCGUGAAUCCCAAAUCCCAAAUAUUCCAACCUUUUGAGUCCGACUGGUAAACAGCAGCUGAGGGAUCCUGAAUGGAGCCUCUCGACCAGCAGGAAGACGGAUGAAAGCGCACUCGAGAGAAAGCGAAGGCCUGAGAGGUUGUUUUUUUUUGCCUCGACGCGUAUGAGUGCAUGUACAUAAUAUAAAUAAUGACAAAUUGUGGAAGUUAUGUUUUAUAUUGUUUUAGCCAGUUGACAUUUGUGUGUGGUAUUAUGACAAAAACACAAUAAAUGGCAUAAGAUUGUGAAAUAAAGGUCAAAAGAAAUG